AUGGGUCGCACAUGGGAGUCAUUCACACAGCAUGACUUCUUCCGGGUGAUCAACUUCGAGGCGCUCGAGAGGAAGGAGGUAGAGCCAGUGUUUGUCCCUUCAUCCGAGAAAACCAACUUCGACGCAACAUAUGACCUCGAAGAGCUCUUGUUGGAGGAAGCUCCCCUGGAGGCCCGGGCGCGAAGGCAAAAGCCACGGGAGCGGCUCAAGGACGACGCCACAGACAAAGAAAUCAGGGAGGAUGAGCUGUACAGGAUGAUAGAGAGCGACUUCAGACCGUUUGACUACACCGUGGCCGCUUACAAGAAGAUCACGGAGGGCAGCGCGGAUUGUGAGCACUCUGCGGCAGGCGUAAAUGGUUUGCCGGAUGCACAACAGCCACAAGCGCUAACCACAAACGAUGCACGGCCAUUAUCACAGGCGACAGCCUCGUCCAAUACGUACCAGGCGGGAACAGGACAGCCGCUCGCGCCCUCGCGGUCUUCAGAGGCCAACCCGACGUCACAGCAGCAUGCAAAGGGUCUACACAACAGCAGAGAGCGCAAGGGCGGCCCUGGGCGCCCACCUCCCUUGCCCCCAUACCCAAACUCAUACACGAAUUCGAAGCAUGGAAAGGCAGCUGGCCCCAAGGGCAUCUUUGUUGAGAGCCCCACCGGCGGGGUUCAAGUCACGCUUGAUGGUGGUGGCAGCUGGUCUGACCUGGCGCGGCAAGACGCAACACUUCCUGCGGACGCAGCUGGCGCAGGACAGGAGGGUGGCAAGGUCGAGGCUAGUUCCGGCGGCGUUUUUGGUUUCCUGAGUAGGAAGAAGGGAAGAGGCAACAGCCCAAAGCCGAAGGAAAGGGGAGUGCUCGGGAAAGAAGGUGCUCGAGUUGUCAUCGGUUAG